AUGGAGGAGGCUCAGCGGGAGCUCUUGCAGCAGAACCGCUUGCGCCUGGUGAGGGAGCUGCGGGUAGAGCCGCUCUGGGAUCUGAUGCUGGCCCAGGAGCUGUUCACUCGCGACAUGAUCGAGGACAUACAGGCUGGUACUCGGAGAGACCAGGCUAGGCAGUUGAUAACAGAUCUUCAGACACGAGGGAAGCGUGCCCUUCCCAUAUUCAUCUCUUGCCUGGAAGAUACCGGCCAAUGGGCUCUGGCAACUCUCCUCCGUGAAAGUAAUUCAACCCAGCAACUGGACCCAAUUGACAUCAAACCAAUUGAAAUGGUCAGAUCUGGAGAAUCCAGCAGUACUUGUAUGAAGCUUCCCACGAGAUCACUGGUCCCAGGCUCCCACACCAGCAAGGAAGAAGACCCAGAGGCAUCAUACUUGGAUGUAGCGCAGGGUGCUGCGGGGCCUGUACAAGCCAGAUGUUGGAGAAACUUUGGUGUGGUUGGACAGGUGUAUACUCUGAACUCAGACCCAUGUGGCUACUGCCUUAUCAUCAACAAUGUGGACUUCCAUGCUUCCUCAGGCCUUUCUGUCCGAACAGGCUCGAACAUUGACUGUGAAAAGAUGCAGAAACGCUUUCAAGCGCUGUAUUUUGCUGUGGAGGUCAAGUGUAAUCUGAGCGCGCAGGCAAUGGGAGCAGCCUUGCAGCAGCUGGCCAAGAGGGACCACAGUGCCCUGGACUGCUGCGUGGUGGUCAUUCUGUCUCAUGGCUGUCAGGCCAGUCAUAUCCAGUUUCCAGGAGCCAUCUAUGGCGUAGACGGAGCCUCCAUUUCAGUUGAGACAAUUGUGAACAUCUUCAGUGGGUCCAGAUGCCCCAGCCUGGGAGGGAAACCCAAGCUUUUCUUCAUCCAGGCCUGUGGUGGGGAUCAGAGAGACCAUGGAUUUCAGGUGUCUUCUAAUACUCCUGAGGAUGAGUCCCCUGGCAGUGACCCUGACAGUGACCCUGAGACAGAUGCUACCCCUUUCCAAAAUAACUUUGAUCAACCAGAUGCUGUGGCCAGCCUACCGACACCUAGUGAUAUCUUGGUGUCCUAUUCUACAUUUCCUGGUUUUGUCUCCUGGAGGGAUAUCAAGAGUGGUUCAUGGUACAUAGAGACCUUGGAUAGAAUGUUGGACAUGUGGGCAGAUGACGAAGACUUACUGAGCAUUCUUCUCAUGGUGUCUAAUGCAGUGUCUGCCAAAGGGACAUACAAACAGAUUCCUGGUUGCUUUAAUUUCCUCCGGAAAAGAUUUUUCUUUAAAACCAAGUGAGAAUGGGUACUGCUCUUCUUUCCUCCUACCUGAAAUUUUCCUUUCUUUCUGCCUGGAAGCAGCUGCAGGCAAGGGCUCUGGGCUUUCCUGCCUAGGAAUGGGGAGGAGAUAGCCUCCUUCUCCCUGCUCUGAAUAACUCCCUCUGGUCUGCUACAUGUCACUGAUCCUGGAGCUAUUGGAGAUGGUGUCCUGGCCUUUGUCCCACCACCAGCAGCAGCAGGUCCAGUGAUGGGCAGAGCUAGAGACUAAAAAGAGUGGAGGAAGAGAAGGGCCAUAGAUGUUUGUGCCCACCCUCAUGUGGCUGGCUAGCUGGGUGACUUGGUUUCUUUGGAAUUGUGGACUGCAGACACUCAAGAAAGUCUCAACUGCUCAAUAAGUAAGAUGGUGCCACCAGAUCCUAGAAAGUGGAAAUCUCUGAGCUUGAAAAAGGCUUUAGAAAUUGUUUAUUUUUUUCCUACUGUUUGUGGUUUUCAUAAAAAAGAAUUCUUUUAUAAAUCCUAA